AUGGCGUCCUCCGUCGCCGGCGGGGUGCCGUCGAGGUCCGCCAUCGUGGCUGACACGACCAGCGGGCACCACCUGCUCACCAUCCACGGCUACUCCCGCACCAAGGACAUGCCCACCGGAGAGCGCGUCAAGUCUCACCCUUUCAUCAUCGGCGGCCACCGCUGGCGGAUCGACUACUACCCCGGCGGCGUGCGCCCGGAGGUCGCGGACUACGUGUCCCUCUCCCUGAUACUAGAGGAAGAUGGCCCGGCGCCGGUGAAGGCCCAGUACGACAUCUGCCUCGUUACCAAGGAGGAGGAGGCGGAGCAGGCCGCGUCGAUGGCGUCGGCACCGGUCGACGAAUUCGCUCCCCGCAAGGGCUGGGAGUACUCCAAGUUCGUCAGGAGGGUGGAGCUGGAGAGCUCAAAGUAUCUCACCAACGAUUCGUUCACCGUCCGGUGCGAUAUCGUUGUCGUCCAUGGUUACCGCGCCGCCGGCGGCAUGGCGGCCUUGGUCUCUGUGCCCCCAUGUGACCUGCGUGAGAACCUGGGCAGGCUCCUCGACACCGGGAUGGGCGCCGACGUGGUGUUUGAGGUCGGCGGCGAGACCGUCGCGGCACACCGGUGCGUGCUCGCGGCCUGCUCUCCGGUGUUCGCCGCCCAACUCUUUGGACCCAUGAAGGAGCGUAAUGCCGCCCACGGCGGCGUCGUGUGCGUGGAAGACAUGGACGCGGAGGUGUUCAAGGCGUUGCUCCGUUUCACAUACGCCGGCUUGUUGCCGGAGACGUUCAAGGAAGACGGAGUCGUAUGCCAGCAUCUGCUCGUUGCUGCGGACAGGUAUGGCAUGGGGCGGCUAAAGCUGAUCUGCGAGCAGAAGCUGUGCGAGUACAUCGACAUCGGCACGGCAGCAACCAUCCUGACGCUGGCCGAGCAGCACCGCUGUGAGGGGCUGAAGAAGGCCUGCUUCGAUUUUCUCACCGCUCCACCAAAUCUGAGGGCUGUCGUGGCCACCGACGGCUUCCAGCAUCUGAUCGCGAGCUGCCCUUCUCUUAUGGUCGAGCUCAUGGCUAUGUCCCCUACACAUUAG